AUGGCAACGCCAACUGGCAACGAUGCCAAUCUCACAGCAAAAAGACUCAAUGUCCUAGUCUACUCCGGUGGGCUCACCCAAUCUUCAGCAUGGCAACUAAGCCGCUUUCUGACCAACAAUUUCGACACAGGAUCCGGCACGACCGUUGACUCAGUCCGCCACUGUCUUUACACAUUACGCCGUUUACUCGCUGCCAAUUAUGCCGUCACGCCAGUUACAGGUGAGAUGCUCCUCAACGAGCCGUGGACCGCUACCUGCGCAUUACUGGUGAUUCCUGGUGGGGCGGAUUUGGGAUAUGGCCGCACGCUGAACGGCGCGGGGAACAGGCGCAUUAAGCAAUUCGUUCAAAGAGGUGGAAAGUACUUGGGAUUUUGUGCGGGAGGGUAUUAUGGAUCAAAGAGGUGCGAGUUCGAGGUAGGAGAUAAGACUAUGGAGGUUGUGGGGGAUCGCGAACUGGCGUUUUUCCCGGGCAUUUGUCGUGGUGGUGCGUUUCCGGGAUUCGUCUAUCAUAGUGAGGAUGGGGCUCGUGCUUCGGAGAUCGGUGUUUCGAAGGAGGAAUUGAAUGUUGGGACGGUGCCGUCGACAUUUCGGUCUUAUUAUAAUGGUGGUGGAGUGUUUGUGGACGCGGCGCUUUACAAGGAUAAGGGCGUGGAAGUGUUGGCGAACUAUACGGAGGAACUUAAUGUUGACCCUGGUGAGGGUGGUGCUGCGGCUGUUAUCCACUGUAAGGUUGGCAAUGGCGCAGCUGUUCUCACAGGACCGCACCCGGAAUUUGCAGCGGCCAACCUCGAUCCCAAGGCUGGGGGUCCCGAAUUUGCAGAUGUUGUCAAUGCACUGACUAAAGACGAUAAGGAACGUACGGAAUUCCUCAAGGCCUGCUUAUUGAAACUUGGAUUACAAGUUACGCGAGAUACCACGACAGUUCCUUCGUUGUCCUCUCUGCAUAUCUCUGGUCAAGACCCCGAGAAGUCGAUAGACAUUUUGUCGCUGCUUGCUCCCGACUUGACAAAUGAAAACAAGAACGAAUAUUUGAAAGAUGAGAAUGAUACAUUCCGGAUUGAGCGACCGGGUACUUGGAACCUGAGCGAUUUGGAGGAGGCAUUGCCUGAUGACGAAUCAAAACCCACCGAGGGCAUUGUUGAUUAUCAGGCUAUUGUCAAGAGACUUGUUUUCCAUGAUGAUCUCCCGUCGUCCAAGCUCACACCAUAUUUCAAUCAUCACGCGUUUCACUCCAAUCUUAAACAAUACCAAUCGGAGUCGCGAGAAGGAGCUUCUCAAUUUGGAUCUAAUCUCAUGUAUGGCGAGGUGGUAACAAGUACCAACACUAUUUUGGAAAAGAAUACUAAACUUCUACGCCGUCUUCCAACUGGAUUUACAGCCACAGCAACCGUGCAGGUUGCUGGACGUGGACGAGGAUCUAACGUUUGGCUUUCACCGGCAGGCUCUCUCAUCUUCUCAACAAUUGUGCGACACCCAAUGGAGAAGAUGCAGUCAGCACCUGUUGUGUUCCUCCAGUACAUAGCAGCUAUGGCCGUUGUAAGAGGAAUCAAGACCUAUGCUAAGGGAUAUGAGAAGAUCCCAGUGAAGAUGAAAUGGCCCAAUGAUAUUUAUGCACUUGACCCCACCGACCCAGAACAAAAACGAUACACUAAGAUUUGCGGUAUCCUCAUCAACUCCCACUUCAUGUCCAAUGAAUACAUCUCUGUCGUCGGAAUCGGCGUCAACGCCACAAACGCCUCUCCCACCACCGCAUUAACAGCUCUCGCUGAGCGAUACGCCUCCCCUGGUGCCGCGGCAGCUGCCCCCGUCACACUUGAGAAACUCCUCGCAAGCAUUCUGACUACAUUCGAGGACCUUUACAUCCGUUUCUUGCGCGCUGGUUUUGACCGUGGCUUUGAGGCUAUGUAUUACCAGGACUGGCUUCAUAUGCACCAGAUCGUGACACUGGAGGAAGAAGGUGGCGCUCGGGCGCGGAUUCAGGGCAUCACUCGGGAUUAUGGAUUGUUGCUUGCAGAAGAGCUAAGCUGGGGUGACAGACCUACCGGCCGCGUAUGGCAGCUCCAAAGUGACAGUAACAGUUUUGAUUUCUUCAAGGGAUUAGUCAAGCGAAAGGUCUAG